AUGAAGUUCGGGUGGGUAGAAGUAGCUCUGACAGCUGCUUCCGUGGCAAACGCCAAUCCGCUAGCAUACUCUCCUCCAUCUUACCCCUCACCAUGGAUGACCGGUGCAGGUGAAUGGUCUGAGGCCUACACUCGCGCCGUGGAAUUCGUCUCCAACCUCACACUCGCCGAGAAGGUAAACUUGACCACCGGUGCCGGCUGGGAACAAGAGCGAUGUGUCGGAGAGACGGGUGGUAUUCCCCGACUAGGCAUGUGGGGAAUGUGCAUGCAGGACUCACCUCUGGGCUUGCGCUUCAGUGAUUACAACUCCGGCUUCCCCUCCGGUGUCAACGUCGCCGCAACAUGGGACAAGCGACUGGCAUACCAGCGUGGUAUGGCCAUGGGCGAGGAACACCGCGACAAGGGUGUCGAUGUACAGCUCGGUCCCGUCGCCGGCCCACUGGGCAAGUACCCCGAUGGCGGCCGUAACUGGGAGGGAUUCGCGCCUGAUCCCGUCCUCACCGGUGUGAUGAUGGCCGAGACCAUCAAGGGUAUGCAGGAUGCUGGUGUUAUUGCUUGUGCAAAGCAUUGGAUCGGAAACGAGCAGGAGCACUUCCGUCAGUCUGGCGAGGCUGUAGGAUAUGGAUACAACAUCACCCAGAGUAUCAGCUCAAACAUUGACGACCGAACUAUCCACGAGCUGUACAUGUGGCCCUUUGUCGAUGCCAUUCGUGCUGGCGUUGGAUCUGUCAUGUGCUCAUACAACCAGAUCAACAACAGCUAUGGUUGCGCGAACAGCUACACCCUCAACCACUUGCUUAAGGGUGAGCUUGGCUUCCAGGGCUUUGUUAUGAGUGAUUGGGGCGCGCACCACAGUGGUGUUGAAUCCACCCUCGCUGGUUUGGACAUGUCCAUGCCCGGUGAUGUCUAUCUAGGCAGCCCCUACUCGUACUGGGGAACCAACUUGACUAUCUCAGUGCUGAACGGUACAGUCCCCGAGUGGCGCAUCGAUGAUAUGGCCGUGCGUAUCAUGUCUGCUUACUACAAGGUUGGCCGUGAUCGCCACCGUACCCCUCCCAACUUCAGCUCUUGGACUCGUGACGAGUACGGCUUCGAGCAUACCAUGGUCAGCGAGGGCUGGGAGAAGGCCAACGAGCGUGUCAACGUCCAGCGUGACCACGCCAACGUCAUUCGCAAGUUGGGCGCGGACAGUACCGUUCUGCUGAAGAACACCCGUGGUGCUCUGCCUCUUACUCACAAUGAGAAGUUUGUUGCCAUUCUGGGAGAGGACGCUGGAUCCAAUGCUUACGGCGCCAACGGCUGCGAUGACCGUGGCUGCAACAACGGUACCCUCGCAAUGGGCUGGGGUAGUGGAACGGCCAACUUCCCAUACCUGAUCACCCCGGAACAAGCCAUCCAGAACGAAGUUCUCGACUACAGCAACGGCCGCACCAAUGUCUUCGCCGUGACUGAUAACUGGGCACUCGACAAGGUGGCUUCCACCGCUGCCCAAGCUGACGUUUCUCUUGUCUUCGUGAACGCUGACUCCGGCGAGGGCUUCAUCAACGUCGACGGCAAUGAGGGUGACCGCAAGAACCUCACCCUUUGGGGUAACGGCGAGGAGGUCAUCAAGACCGCCACCCAAAACUGCAACAACACCAUUGUCGUUAUUCACAGCACAGCCGCUGUUCUCAUUAGCGACUGGUACGACAACGACAACAUCACCGCCAUCCUCUGGGCUGGUCUUCCGGGCCAAGAGAGUGGCCGCAGUCUCGUUGAUGUUCUUUACGGUCGCGUCAACCCAGGUGCUAAGAGUCCCUUCACUUGGGGCAAGACCCGCAAGGACUAUGGUCCCGACAUUGUCACUGUGCCAAACAACGGUGCCGACGCACCCCAAGAUAACUUUGAAGAUGGAAUUUUCAUCGAUUACCGCCGCUUUGACAAGGAUAACAUCGAGCCCAUCUACGAGUUCGGAUACGGUCUGAGCUACACAUCCUUCGCUUUCUCCGACCUGAAGGUGACCCCUCUCAACUCAUCCCCCUACAAGCCAACCGUCGGAAAGACCAAGAAGGCACCUGUCCUCGGCGAGGUCGGCGAGGUAUCCGAGAACAUUUUCCCCAGUGGUAUCAACCGCGUCACCCAGUACCUCUACCCCUGGUUGAACUCCACUGAUCUCCGCGCCUCAUCGGGCGACCCAGACUACGGCAUGGAGUCUUCCGAGUACCUUCCUGAGGGCGUUGCCGACGGCUCUCCCCAGGACCUGCUCCCCUCCAGUGGAAACUCUGGCGGCAACCCCGGCCUCUUCGAAGACCUCUACCAGAUCACCGCCACCAUCACCAACACUGGCUCCGUGUCCGGUGAUGAGGUGCCUCAACUGUAUGUCUCACUUGGAGGCGCAGGUGACCCCAAGAAGGUUCUCCGCUCGUUCGACCGUGUGACAAUUGCCCCCGGUCAGACUUUGCAGUGGACCACCAAGCUUAAUCGCCGUGACGUGUCGAACUGGGACACCAACUCCCAGAACUGGGUUGUUUCUGACGCACCAAAGAAGGUGUUUGUUGGUAACUCCUCGCGCAAGUUGCCCUUGUCGGCGGAUCUGCCGGCCAGUCAGUAA